UAGAGUGUGUUGACUUUGGUUCAGGUUUACUAAUAUUUUUCUUCAAUUUUUAGAUACCUGUUGGUCACAGAUAGACUCCGAAAUGUAACACAACGAUGUUGGUUCAAAUUAUUAUUCUGUGAUAUCAUGACGCUUGAGAUAAUUCAGAGAACAUAGCCAUUAUAUCAGAGUGCUAUUGUAAAAGUAUGCUGGAAAUGAAACAACGUAAAAUGGACAAGUGUGAAAUAUAUUGAAGUUGAAUAUAGAGAAUAUAAGAUAACAAAAAUGCCGUACAUGGAUUUGAAAUUACCACACAUAACAAAAAUGAAACUGAUGUGGCCCUCACGAGUAACCACACUUGGUGUAACACUAGGUGUAGCAAUAAUGGGAAUGCUGGCUUUUUAUUUCCGCUACCAAAGGAAGAUAAAAAAGAAAGAAUUGAAAUCAAAUUCCAGGAAAAAUAACUUAUCUUUGCCAAAUGGUGAUAUCCUCGGGCAUACUUUGGGCAGAUAUACAGAGAGUCCAUCCUCUCUCUUGAAUUCCUUGAAACAGAAGUCUCUGUCAGGUUCCGUGUCAAGUAUAGGUGGUGCCUCUUCUGCCUCCACAAUUACCCACCAGUUAAUGGACACUAGCAGCAUGUCACCAACACAACUGUGUAAACUAGGUUUUGAAACUCUCCAACAAGCUGUGGUGUAUUGGGAAGAUGGUUUAAUGAAGUUAUCCUUUAAUGAAGAUAGAUCCAAGCCCGCUAUAUUGGAUCCAGAGACAGCGGAGUUGCAGCAUCAGAUGGAUCAACUACUGGACGCUGCUUACAGAAUGAUUGAUAAUUUUGAGCGUCGUGCUGAGAGACAAGCUGACAAUAUUGCCCUGGAGGUUGCAAUGGCGGCUUACACAGAGACAGACAUACCGUCAGAGAGAACAAAAAGCUUUGAUGCAGGGUCUUUCAGCGACCAAGACUCCUUUGUCUCUGCUACUGACAUGGCAAACUUAUCAGACUUAGAUAACCAUAGAGAAAUGUUUCAGCAUCUUCCUUUAUAUGAAGCAGGUCUCUUAGAAUUAAAACAUGGUCAUGUGCCAUGCAGGACUCUAAGGACCGAGAUGACUCAGUGUAUAUCGGACACAGAGUUCUUGGCAAAGUUGCACUGUAUCCGUCUAGCUUUCAAUGUUAUAUUUAAACAAUCAAGUCUAAGAGAUUACUUCAGAACCAUGAGUAAACAAUUAAUUGGUGACCUGCUGAUCCGAGCUGAUAGGGAUCCAGAUGAAUUCUACACAGCAUAUGAUGCAAUGAUAGAUUUUAUAGAAGUGGAGGACAAUUGGUUCAAAAUUGAAGAAGAAUUAAAAGGACGGGGUGUAAAAUGCAUGUCCUUUUAUGACAUAGUAUUAGAUUUUAUACUGAUGGAUGCAUUUGAUGAUUUGGAAAAUCCCCCCUCCUCUGUUAUUGCUGUAAUUCAGAACAGAUGGUUAUCUAGAAGCUUCAAAGAAACUGCUCUUUCUACAGCUGUUUGGUCUGUUUUGAAAGCUAAAAGACGACUAUUGAAGUUUUCAGAUGGAUUUAUAUCCAAGUUUUACUCCAUUUCUGAACAUACAAGCCCAGUAUUAGCCUGGGGUUUCAUGGGACCAGAAUCAAACCUCAAAGAAUUAUGCAUGUUUUUUAAGGAAUCGGUUUUGAAGUUUCUCAGGGACAUGUUUAGUUUCGAGUAUGUCCGUUACACAACCGUAGAUGAGUUAGCAGAUGACAUUGCAAAGUUGUUACAAAACAGAAUAGAAGAAGCAGCGGACAAGAUUUCCCCAGAAAAGUUAGACUUCUAAAACAGGACUGGACAUUAAGCCAUUCUGUUUCAGUUUUUAUCUUUGUUUUUUUUUUUUUAUCAUCUGUGAUUUUUUUAUUGAGCUGUUAUGAAUACACCAGGAGUUUUAACUUGACAGAGUGAAAU